AACACAUUUAAGUGAAACACAAGUUGUGUUCACGCUUUGAAAACAUUGAAGAACGACUGGAACGUUUGAAAUUUCUUUUUCUGUUAGGAUCUCUAGAAUAUAUAGUGAACAUUGAAUGUUGUCUGACAUAAUCUAAAAUAUGCCGGCGUGUAGUAAAAAAGGAAGCGUUAUAUUUUCUGGUUUCAGAGCAUUGGGACUGUAUUCGAAUCACCUUUCACACGUGGUGCGGUACCAUAAGAAACACCGAGAAUUCUACGUUGUGACAGCCGUAGGAAACUGUUUCCACACGUACAAUGUCAAGAAACUUGGAAUUGUUGCUGUCAGUAAUGCACUUCCAGAGGACAUAUCAUACUUAGCGGCUGACCGCAUGCUGGUAUAUGUGGCAAAUGGGAAAAAGGUUACAGCAUUUGCCAAAAACAAAGAGGUGAUUCACACAUACACUGGUCACGGAGCUGACGUUCACCUUCUGCUGCCUUUUGGGGAUCACAUCAUAUCUGUGGACAGGGACAAUGUUGUCAUUGUCUGGGACGUGGAAUCCGAGGAGGAGUACCUCCAGAUAACAUUUGACAAAGUUUCUUUUGAAGUGUCUGCUGUAAUGCAUCCCAGCACCUAUCUGAAUAAGAUACUGUUUGGGAGUUGCCAAGGAGGCCUGCAGCUCUGGAAUGUGAAAUCCAACAAACUCCUGUACACCUUCCCCGGAUGGGCGUCUGGAGUCACAGUCCUUCAGCAGACCCCAGCUGUGGAUGUUGUCGGCGUAGGCCUUUCAUCGGGUCAGAUAGUCAUCCACAACAUCAAGUUUGAUGAAUCAAUGAUGAAGUUCCAGCAAGAUUGGGGCCCGGUCACUUCCCUGUCUUUCAGAACAGAUGGCCAUCCAGUAAUGGCAGCUGGUAGUCCUGUUGGACACAUUGGGCUGUGGGACCUGGAGGAGAAGAAGCUUGUGUGUCAGAUGAGAGAAGCCCACAACACUGCUAUUGCCGGCCUGACGUUCCUCCACAGCGAACCACUUCUCAUCACCAACGGGGCUGAUAACGCUAUUCGAGUGUGGAUCUUUGACACGGCUGGCGGAGGAGGCCGUUUACUUAGGAGUCGCCUGGGACACAGCGCCCCGCCCAGCCAGGUUCGACACCACGGCUUGAAUGGACAACACAUUCUCAGUGCUGGUCAAGAUGGUACUCUGCAGUCAUUCUCUACUGUUCAUGAGAAAUUCAACAGGAGUUUGGGACAUGGUUCCAUCAACAAAAAGAAAUCCAAAAAGAAAAGCUUGAGGUAUGAACAACUAAAGCUCCCUGCCAUCACCACUUUUGCGUCAGAGAGUGCCCGGCAGGAUGAUUGGGACAGUAUAGUUGCGUGCCACCGGGGAUUCCUUAUGACCACCACCUGGAACUACCAGAAGGGCAGCAUGGGAGCACACAAGCUGGAACCUGAACGCUUCAACAAGAACCGCGCGCUCAACGUCCAUGCUACGGCUGUUGAUAUCACUUCAUGUGGUAACUUUGUAGUGGUAGGAAUCUCAUCUGGUCACAUUGACGUUUAUAACAUGCAGUCUGGAAUGCAUCGAGGUCAAUAUGGAGAGGACAGAGCACACGAAGGGGCGGUGCGUGGCGUGUCUGUAGACGGACUCAACCAACUGACCAUCAGUGCCGGAGCUGACAAUCUGGUCAAGAUGUGGAAGUUCAAAUCCAGGCAGCUUGUCCACUCUGUUGACCUGGCCUCGCCACCUGCCACCACACACCUGCACAGGGACAGUGGUAUGCUGGCGAUCGCUCUGGACGACUUUACACUCAAUGUUCUGGACACGGAGACCAGGAGGAUAGUCCGCAGGUUCUCUGGCCACAGAGGACAGGUGAAUGACAUGACUUUCAGCCCAGAUGGCCGCUGGUUGAUAACAGCCUCUAUGGACUGUACCAUCAGGACGUGGGACCUCCCGUCGGGCUGCCUGGUGGAUUGCUUUCUGGUAGACUCUGCUGCAGUCAGUCUGACCAUGUCACCCACAGGGAAUUUUCUGGCCUCCUCCCAUGUGGAUAAUUUGGGAAUAUACUUAUGGUCCAACAACACUCUGUGCUGUAUGGUGUCCCUGCGCCCCCUGCCUGCAGAUUACGAGCCCACAGUGAUUAUGCUGCCAGGAACCUGUCCCAGCCAAGUUGAAGAGGGAGAAGAUGAAGAUCUCAACUCUGAGAUGAUAGAGUACGAGUCUCCUGAGCAGUUGGACGAAGAGCUCGUCACCCUCUCUCUGCUGCCGGACUCUCGCUGGAAGAACCUUCUGCAUCUGGACAUCAUCAAGAAACGGAACAAACCCAAGGAGCCCCCCAAGGUUCCCAAGGCUGCCCCCUUCUUUAUGCCCACCAUCCCAGGGCUAAUUCCACAGUUUGCCCCGCCUGAAGGCUCCAACCAGGAAGAACAGUCAAAGGUUGUGAAUUUUGGAGUUCUUGCCCAGAAGUCCAAUUUCUACAGAGAACUUGAAUCUGCCACACUCAGCAAUAAAUUUGAUGGCCCCGUGGGGAUGCUCAAAGAGAUGGGCCCGUCUGCCAUUGAUGCUGAGCUCCGAGGCCUGGCCCCUGAUAUGGGCGGAGAUGUCUUUGUCUUAAAAGGCUUCCUGAAGAUGGUGGCCAGCAUGCUGGACUCCAAGAGGGAUUUUGAUCUAGCACAAGCCUACCUAGCCCUCUUCCUAAAGCUGCAUCUCAGGCUCAUCUCCCAGGAACCAGAGCUGAUGGGCGAGGCCUCUCGAGUUUCACAGGAACUGGAGAAGACGUGGACGUCUAUGCAGACACUUUUCAACCAGAGCUUGUGUUUACUUUCAUACAGCAAGAGUGCACUGCUCUGAAGCCUGUGCCUCUCCCAAUCUAAAUGGGAUUAUUCAAAUGGCCUAGACACUUCUUAAAAGACACUUCUUAAAAGAUUCCAUUACCGUGUAACAUAGACCUCAUGAUCCCAGUUAAAAGGAGGAUCAGGUGUAUAGCAGGUUAUUUUAAGAUAAAUUUCCUAUUGGUAGGAAUAGUCAGUUGUCACACUUAUUUUCUCUUUGAAACCAAUGGUUUCUUUGCAAGGUUUCAGCCCUCAAGGAGAUUAGAUGGAUGAUCAUAUGUUGUUACCCUUAAGUUACAUUAAAACUGUUAUGUAUUACUCUAUACAGUAUUGUAGAUGCAAGUAUCACAUUGAACCAAGACAAUUGCAGAUUUGGCUGAUUUGUUUAAUGCACUCUCUUAAAUAGGAAGUUCAAUAUAACCGUGUUCGACCAAAACCUAAUGAACAACUAAAAUAAACGUCAUGAUUGUUGUCAUUGUUUAAGCCCA